GUAUAUACUCCUCAGCCAGGGUGAAGCUCAGCCUGCCACUCAGUCCCUCCUGGAAAACACUGCCAGGAGUUUGCAGCGUUCAGCAGCAUGGACGUAACCAAAGGCGAGGACCGCUCGGCUGAACAGGCUGCGUCUUUGUUUGGGACACCAGAAGUGGAAAGUCAAAGGAGAAACACUGAGCGAGGAAAGAAGAGGAAAAACCACUGUAAAAUCAUCACUGCGGUUCUGCUGCUGCUUGUACUGGUGGUCGUCCUCGCUGUGGUAUUUUCCCUAACACAGAGCAAUAAUGGGAAAGGAGGAGAGCUCUGGUUACAGCAAGUACAACAGGAAGUUCAACAGUCACACUGUCCACCUGGUUUCUCCAGGUCUCCUCUCAUCCUGGUGUCCUUGGAUGGGUUCAGGGCGGAGUAUCUGAAAGAUCACAGCAGCCACCUUCCUAUCAUCAACAUGUUACGUAACAGUGGAACAACAACUCCAUACAUGAGGCCUGUUUAUCCCACAAAGACCUUUCCCAACCAUUACAGCAUUGUGACUGGUCUUUAUCCAGAGUCUCAUGGGAUUGUGGACAACAAGAUGUAUGACGUGACUCAAAAUGCUUUCUUCAGCUUGAAAACUGGAGAGAAAUUCAACCCAAAAUGGUACCAAGGAGAGCCAGUCUGGAUCACUGCCAUGCGUCAGAAACUGAAAGCAGCAACUUUCUUCUGGCCCGGCUCAGAUGUAAGAAUCAAUGGCACGUUCCCAGACUUCUACAAGUCUUAUGAUAAGAGCAUAAAAUUUGAGCAGAGGGUGUCAACAGUGUUUGAAUGGCUUAGUUUACCUCAGGGAGAAAGACCCGACUUCUACACUUUGUACCUGGAUGAACCUGACUCAGCAGGACAUUAUUAUGGGCCAGCAAGCAGUCAGGUUGUGGCGGCCUUGAAAAACGUGGACAGGAUUUUGGGCCUGCUGAUGGAUGGACUGACAGAGAGAGACCUGCACCACUGUGUUAACUUAAUAAUCAUAUCAGACCAUGGCAUGGAGGAGGCCUCCUGUGACAAGGCUUCAUAUGUGUCAAACUACCUCACCAACACUGACAGGUUUUCUGUCAUCCAAGGCCCGGCUGCUCGCAUCAGACCUAGCAGGCUCCCAGAGGAUUUCUUUUCCUUCGACUACGAGGGCCUGAUAAAGAACCUGUCGUGCAGGACCUCUGACCAGCCAAUGAGGCCGUACCUCAAAGAAAACCUCCCCAAAAGGAUGCACUUUGCUAACAACGAACGCAUAGAGAGAGGACACCUCUACAUGAAGCAAGGGUGGCAGGCUGCGCUUAACCGCAAGGAACUCAAGUACUGCACGGGUGGAUUCCACGGCUCAGAUAACCUCUUCACUAACAUGCAGGCGAUCUUCAUUGGCUACGGUCCAGGAUUUAAAGAAAACACCGUUGUGCCUCCUUUUGAAAAUAUUGAAGUGUAUAACCUCAUGUGUGAUCUCCUCAGUAUUCGCCCCGCUCCAAACAAUGGGACUCAUGGCAGUCUGAACCACCUUUUGAAGGAUCCCAUCCACCUGCCAGUUCACCCAGCUCAGCUCUCCCAUGCCGAUACUUGUGAGGCCAGUGACCCAGUCCCCACUGACGACCUGAAGUGCACUUGUUCAUCACAAACUAGGGCAGCGGAGACAGAUAUGAACAGAGUUCUCGUGACAACUAAUUUCAGUGUUAAAGCCAGCUUACGCCGCCUCCACCAUCCCUUUGGCACUCCUCGAGUUGUCCAACCAGAUGCCUCAUUUUGUCUUCUCCACCAGUCAGACUACCUCAACGGGUACAGCAAAGACCGCCUUAUGCCCCUGUGGGUGUCGUACACAAUCCAGCCUCUGACCAGAGUCCGACCCCUGAGCCCAGAAGCGGAGGAGUGUGUUCGUGCUGACGUACGCAUCCCACCGGCCAGCAGCCAGCUGUGUCUACGCUACAGAAAUGACCCCACUCUGUCCUUUGGCCUGCUGCAUCCCCCCAAUCUGAGUACCAGCGAACACGAGACAGACUCUCUAAUCACGAGCAACAUGGCACCAAUGUUCCCUGCAUUUAAAGAUGUUUGGACACAUGUCCAUGAAGUGCUGCUUCCAAAAUUAUCACAAGAGCUGAAUGGCGUCAACGUCAUGAGCGGGCCCAUAUUUGAUGAAAACUACGAUGGAAACGUUGAUGCACUCAAAGCAAUCUCAGGGAAUGAGGCUCCUAUCCCGACACAUUUCUUCGUGAUCUUGACCAGCUGUGGGAACUCGACCUUCGGCCCUGUUAACUGUGAGGGUCCGCUGCGGGCCAAGUCCUUCAUCCUGCCCCACAGACCCGACCACACUGAGAGCUGCGCUGAUGGGUCGGACUUGACGUGGGUGGAGGAUUGGCUGCAGUUCCACGCGGCUCGAGUCCGAGACAUCGAGCUCCUGAGUGGACUCAGCUUCUAUCACGACAGGUUAUCAGUGGAAGAGACGCUCCAGCUCAAGACGUUUCUACAGACUUCUUAAAGAGAGACCUAAUCAAACAAAGCUUUAAUUUCCAAAAGGAAGCCAUAUAGGUCUGCACAACAGGCCUCAGUCCACGUGGACACAUUAACAGGUGCCUCGCUUAAAAAAGUCCCAUCUGUUCUAAUCAAAUUGGUGCCUACAUGAAGCUCCAUCCAGGUUUUUUUUUUUAUGAUAAGUCUGAUUCCCUGAAUUGUCAAUGUGUGAAAGCCUUUUAUGUGUUUUUUAAUAUGUUUUUAUGAGCUGCGGAGCUCCGAACCAAAGAUGCUGUCACAUCUGCAGAGUUGCUCCAAAGUAUUUCCUCAGAUGGGAUCAAAAUAAAAGGGAAAGGAAACAUUUGUUGAUGAAAAAGGAUCUUUUUAUACUGCAGCUGCUUUUAUUGGAAGGGGCACUUGAAGAAACACAUGACAAUCUGGAAACAGUUGUGUCCGCUAGAAAAACACCCGACAUAAGAAUUUAAGAAAAGAAUAUAUUUUGUUGUUGAAAAAAGAAAAGUUUUACCUGCCA